CGGCGCUCUUCCUUUUGGAUCCGCCAUCUGCGGUGGGACCGCCGCCAAGAUGCAGAUUUUCUUAAAAACCCUGACGGGGAAGACGAUCACUCUCGAGGUCAAACCCUCGGAUACGAUCGAAAAUGUAAAGGCCAAGAUCCAGGAUAAGGAAGGAAUUCCUCCUGAUCAGCAGAGACUGAUUUUUGCUGGCAAGCAACUGGAAGAUGGACGCACCCUGUCUGACUACAACAUUCAAAAGGAGUCCACUCUUCAUCUUGUGUUGAGACUUCGUGGUGGCGCUAAGAAAAGGAAGACGUCUUACAUUACUCCCAGGAAGAAUAAGCAUAAGAGGAAGAAGGUUAAGCUGGCUGUCCUAAAAUACUACAAGGUGGAUGAGAACGGCAAAAUUAGUCGUCUUCGUCGGGAGUGUCCUUCUGAUGAAUGUGGUGCUGGCGUUUUUAUGGCCAGUCAUUUUGAUAGACAUUACUGUGGCAAGUGUUGUCUGACCUAUUGCUUCAAUAAACCAGAAGAUAAGUAAUUGUGUAUGAAGUAAUAAAAGACA